UUCCGGUUUGUCUGCAAAAAUUAUCAUAAUUUGAUCGACUGAUUGUGCUAGGUUUAGAGUCUAAUCUGUCAAUAUGUCUGACAGAAAGGCAGAAUUAGAAAGAAAGAAGCAGCGGCUUGAACAGAUGCGAAAAGAGAGACAAGAAAAAGAACGUGCACGAAGUACAAGACAGACUGAUGAAGCACCAAAGCCUGCACAAUCACAAGAUCUAAGAGCAGAAACAGAUGAAUUAUUGAAGGAUCUUGGGAUUCCUCCUUCAGGACCAAAGAGUUCCAGUCCAAGUCCAACACAUUCCAAUAAAUCUGCUUCAGACACAGAGGCCAAACAAGUUAUUGUCACAACUAGCAGAAAACCAAAAAUUAAACUGUCUGUGGUCAAAGUAUCUGAAACUAGCAUACCACCUAAAGAAAAUGUAUCCUAUAGUAAAGAAACACAGACUGCUGUAGUAGAACCAUUAGAUAAGGAAGGAAGAAACCCGUGGGAUUAUUACGGGGGAUCACAAUACAGUUCCCCGCUUCAUGGAUCUCAUGGAUCUCCGCGCUUUAUACAUCAUGAUUUUGAAUGGGAGGAUGAAUUUGAUGAUGAAGAUGAGGACGGAGAAACAGAUUCUAUGGCAGCCCAGCCACAGACACCAACAUCAUCUAAGAUGCCACAUGUUGAAAUGGUGGCACCAAAACAGACACAAGAAGAUUUGGACAAAAAGGAAGAAAAACCAUUGCCAGAAUUAAGUGAGGAAGAGAAACAACAGAUUCUAAAUUCUGAGGAUUUCCAGACGUUCUUCAGUAAAUCUGCUCGGCUUGUUGAAAGGAUACUUACAGAGGAAGUAGAUAUCUACACUGAUUAUUCAGGUGGAGAUAAUGAGGGCAAAGAUGAUGAGUUAGCUGGAGAAAGACUGAAGUUAAACAGAAUAUUUUAUGAUGAGAGAUGGUCUAAGCACAGAACAAAUACUAGUUUAGAUUGGUCUAAACAGCAUCCAGAACUACUGUUAGCAUCCUACAAUACCAAUGAGGAUUCACCACAUGACCCAGAUGGUGUAGCAUUGAUUUGGAACAUGAAAUUUAAAAAACAAACUCCAGAAUAUGUCUUCCACUGUCAGUCUGCCAUUAUGUCGUCAUGUUUUGCUGAAUUUCACCCUAACUUGAUAGUAGGUGGCACAUAUUCAGGGCAGAUUGUAUUAUGGGACAACAGAGUAAACAAACGCACCCCAAUACAGAGAACUCCUUUGUCUGCUGCUGCUCACACACAUCCAGUAUACUGUGUAAAUGUAGUGGGAACACAGAAUGCUCACAAUUUGAUCAGUGUAUCUACAGAUGGAAAGAUGUGUUCAUGGAGUCUAGAUAUGUUAGCUCAACCACAGGACAGCAUGGAACUGCAUUUUAAACAAAGUAAAUCUGUUGCUGUUACAUGCUUCUCCUUCUUGUCUGGUGAUGUUAACAACUUUGUUGUAGGCAGUGAGGAAUGUACUGUUUAUACUGCAUGUAGACAUGGCAGUAAGGCUGGUAUAAGUGAAGGAUUUGAAGGACAUCAUGGUCCUAUCACUGGUAUAGACUGCCAUAAAGUUCCAGGACAGAUUGACUUCUCACCUUAUUUCUUAACAUCUUCAUUUGAUUGGACAAUCAAACUUUGGAGCAUUAAAGAACAAAAAUUUUUGCAUUCAUUUGAAGAUAACAGUGACUAUAUUUAUGAUGUAAAAUGGUCACCCACACAUCCUGCCUUGUUUGCCAGUGCUGAUGGUAAUGGUAAAUUAGACCUAUGGAAUCUUAACAAUGAUACAGAGGUCCCUACAACAUCAAUAACAGUAGAUAAUAAUGCUUGUCUAAAUCAUGUACGAUGGCAUGAAACAGGAAGCCAUAUAGCUGCUGGAGAUGAUAUAGGCCGGAUACAUUUAUAUGAUGUUGCAGAGACUGUAGCUGCACCUAAAGGAAAUGAAUGGUCCAAGUUUGCCAAAACAUUACAGGAAAUGAAACAACAAGCCACAGAAAGGGAAGAAGAAGCUAUGUCACUAUCAACAAUGACAUCACCCUUACGAUGAAUUCGGCUUAUUAUACAUCAUUUAUUUAUAUGGACUUCAAAAAACUUUUUAGCUGGAUGUAUUCAAAAUUUCUUUGAUGACGAUUUAUGUUUAUCAAGUUUCAGCAAAAAUACUGUGUAUUUAUCUGUAAUUCUGAACUUGUCAUGCAUCAGACUUUGAUGUUGUCUACAGUUUGCAUGUUUAAAAUUAAUUAGUAGAUUUUCAUCCAUCUGGAGAGGAAAUGGAACAUUUUGGAGGAUUUUAUUUUUCAUUUCCUCUGAAACCAUGUUUGCUUGAGUAGAAUAUAAAAAUAAGUAGAUGUGGUAUGCUCUCUUUAAGAUUGCUUGCAUCAGUUUCCUUUCACUUUCUGAGCUCUGAUUUUUAAUACCCAUUCAAACGAAUCAGUGCUUCAGGAACACCACAGGCCCUUUUAGCUAAUGUGUGAUGAUUAUCAUCUACAUACCACAAAAUAUUUCUCCUUGUAUUAACCAGAUUAACUCCAAGACUGUUAUAAUCUGUUGACAAAAACUUGCACCCUGUUUCUUUAGCCUCUCUAUAAUAUCAUGAAACAACUUGUUCUUUUGGUUCAGUUUAUGUUUUAGGUUGGGUAAAUAAAUGGAUAUAUUUGCACUUUGUAUAAGAAUCUUAAAAGCAUCAAUCUUAGUAUUUUCAACAGAUAUUUUGUAUUCAUCUAUAUUCACUCCCUACUUAUUGUAUAGUUUUGUAUGAAAAAGAUUUAUCAGCACAUCCACCAGUAACAGAAAUGAACAAAGUCUGGAUAAUGUCAUUUAAGAAAAAAAAUUUGGGAGAGAUGAAAGAUUGCAUUCUUUCUAACUGCUUAUUCAAAAAUAAAAACAAAAUGUAAGCAUGCUUUAAAGGUCAUUUUUUCACCUUGAACUGUGUUCUGUAUUCAAAUUCUAGUUUUUUUACACUUCGUUUAAGGUAUUACUUGAAUUUUGAAAAUUUAUGGAGUAGAUUAGGUAGAAAUAGCAAUGGGGUUUUUCUUAAGUUAGUGAAUUCAUUAUUUUUAAUGUAUGAUAGAUUCUUAUAUUUAUAUCAAUAUGAGGUGGAAGUUGAUUUAAGUAUUAUCUGAAGUUUCGAUGAUAAAAGAAUACAUUUUUGUAUAACAAAUAAGUUAUGCCAGGCAUUUGUCACUUUUCAUGGUGCUGACUUAAAAUAGCUUCAGUUUAUGUAUAUGCAUUGUUUAUAUGGUUAUAUGAUGAACUUUUGUAUAGAAAUACUUGCAAUAUUAAUUGAACAGUUAUAAAAUCAUGCAAAUAAAACAUGCUUAUAAAUACUCAA